CUCUGGAAACCGUCAAAUCACCGGAUGUUGUAUUCUAGUUUUACCCAGACCUGGCUAUGCAUGCUGCACUUCCGGAGUAAGCAAAGGCAAUGAAUUUCUCAAGAAUAUGCGUCUUUAUAGGUCUUGCUGCAAUGUUACACGCAGCAUAUUCUGCCACACAGCACAGGACAUAUCUUCGGUUAACAGAGCAAGAAUUUACCACAUUGCCCAUUGAUAUCAUAGUUCAGUGUUUUGUGGGACUACUUUUGACAUGUUAUGGAGUGGUUCAUGUCGCAGGCUCCUUCCGAGAAGUGUGCGCCAGUGCCGAGUUAGAAUCAAAAACGUGGGAUAUGUUGAGCAACAGGCAGGCAUUUUAUUCCUUCUGCCACAGAGGAAUGGCGGUCAAUUACGUGAGUGAUGAAGAUGAAAACAGCUGAUGAAGACAGGAGUUUGAAGAACCAGGUUUUAACCAAAGAAAUUGAUAGAAAAGGAAGAAAAUAUGAAGAGAAGACAUGACGUUGUGAUGAGCGACUUUGUCAGUGUGUUUGUCAUGUUUUGAGACAGAAUAGGUGUAUUUUAUGAGAAGGAAUGUCGAAAAAUCAGGUUUCAGUUAUUCUUGUCCUUCUUGUGCAUUUAUGUGUUGAUUUUUAAUUAUUUUUUUUCUUGUGGAUUGAUAUCGUUGAUUCAUAUUUAAAUUAUGAUUUAAAUUUUAUACUCAUUUACUGCAAUAAAAAUGUAUGUUGAU